AUGAGCUCUUAAAAUAAGUAAGUGAAUUUGUAUAAUUUUAAGUUAACAAGGACUUUUUUUGAAUACUCAAGGUUAAACAAGUAAUUUAUUUGGUGGUAUAACAGGAUAAGGUACAACAAAUGCAAACCUAUUUGGAUAAACAUAAAAUUAAACUUCAUAAUCUGCUGGGUUUAGUUUAUAAAGUAAUACGUCUGCACCUUAACAAGUAGCAGCUUAAUCUUCAACUGCUAAUAUAUUUGGAAUGUCAGGCCCUAAUUAAAAUAUAUUUGGAAAUAACAAUUUAUCUUCUGGAGCAACUGCUACAGCCUAACCUUCAUAAUAAUAACAGCCAACAUAAACAAAUAAUAACAUUUUUUAAAAUUUGGCAAAUACAACACCUAUAACAAAUUAAACUGGCUAAGGCAGUUUAAAUCUUUCAUAACAACCAUAAGGUUAAUAAUAAACAUAAACAAAUAACAAUAAUCUUACAUCUUUAUUUUCAAUCAGCAAUUCUAAUUAACCACCUUAAACUACUUAACCAAACACAAAUUAAUAAAAUGUAACAAAUCAAUCAGUCACAGGAUUAUUUAAUGCUCCUGCUUCAGUUGGAGAGGGAACAGCUAUAAGAACAGGAACAGGAGGAGAUACUGGAUUAGGAAAUGGAUAAAAUACAGGUUUAGGUAAUACAGGUUUAGGUAAUACAGGUUUAGGAAAUACAGGUUUAGGAAAUACAGGUUUAGGAAAUACAGGUUUAGGAAAUACAGGUUUAGGUAAUACAGGUUUAGGAAAUGGCUUAUUUGGAAAUGGAUAAAUUACUGGAUUAGGCAAUGGAUAAACUACUGGAUUAGGCAAUGGAUAAAAUACUGGAUUAGGCAAUGGAUAAAAUACUGGAUUAGGAAAUGGAUUAAGUAUUGGAUUAGGUAUUGGAUAAGGAGCCGCUACAAGUGGAGGUUUAUUUGGAUAACAACCUUCUAAUACUUUAACAAAUUAAAAUAAUAACAAUUCUUCAACGAAUUUACAAAAUCCAACUGCAGCCCCUUUAAUUUCUAAUACUUAAUAAACUACAGCUUAAACAUCUAGUCAAGCUCAGCCUACUCAAAUUUCAACUAGUCCACUUACUACUUCAAAUAAUUUACUAUUCAAUGCUAAUAAUUAAACUUCAGUAUAACCAUAAUAAUAAUAACAACAAUAAUAAUAAUAAUAACCUAAUUAAUCAAGUAAUUCAGAUUGGAUUAAAUAACCAACUGCUAAAGCAACAACAACUUAAUAAACAAAUAUUAAUUAAAGUGCUCCAAGCAAUGUUUAAAAUGGAACAUAACCAACUUAAUAAUUAUUAUCAAACUCUCAAUAACCACAAUAAUAAACUCAACCAUAAUAGUAAGCAACUUAAUAAUAAAUAUCAUAAUCAUAAACUUAACCUGUAUAACCAUCAUCCACUUCUGUAUAACCUUAAUAAAAACUAUAAUUACCAAAUGAAAAAAAUAGUGAUUUUUUUAAAAUUAUGGAAAUCUUAAAUUGUAAAGAUGAUAUUAGAAUUUAAACUUUAUUUAGAGAGGAUAAAAAUUUAUAUGAAAUUAUGUUGAAAGGAUCAGAUUGGUUCUCCUUUUCAGAUAAUAAAGUUCAACUCUAAACAGAUUCUCCUUUUGAUUAAGAAAUUAGGACUAAAUGUUUCGAUAACAAAAUUAAAAGUGAAGUCUACUAAGUCUUAAAAAGAAGCUUAUAACAAUCAAGACUUAAGAUAUUAGAAAAUAAAUUUGAAAGAAAAUAAAAAGCACCUGAAAAAAGCAAGUUCUUUGAAACCGAAAUAAAAAAGUUUUAACAUAUUAUUUUUAAUCAUUAUGCUGAACAAAGAUCUUAAUUAGUUGCAGGAUUAAAAUUAAUGCUUGUUAAUUUAAUUAAUGAAGAAGAAAUAGGAAAUCCAUCUAAAUAAUUAAAUGAUAUGUUUAAAAGGGGUCUCAUUGAAGGAUUGGCUAAUUCUUUUCUUAGUGUACCAAAAGCUUUGAAUUUUUAUUUAAAACAGGAAUAAUAUUCAGAAGAAUACACAUUCUAAACAUUACAACAUUUUGUAUCAGAAUAAACAUAAAUUCUAGAAAUAUUCACUAUUUUAUAAUGUUAUUUUAAAAUAGAUAGAUUUGAAGAUCUAUAUGUUAAGCCAGUCUAAAAGUUAAUUGAAAAUAUGAAAUAAACUCAAUUUUUAGGGUUAUUUCAUAAAAAUGAACAUCUAAUCUUCUAAGAGUAUAGUCCUUUAGCAUCAAAACUAUAGGAUGAAUAUAAGAAAAUAGCAUUCGCUUUUAUUUUAGCUUUGUGUAUUAGACCACUUUAUUAAGAAAGAGAAGCUGAUUUUGAAGAUCUCCUUCCUCCACUUUGGAUCAGUAAAAUAGAAACUAUCAAACAAAUACAACCAGAUUAUAUGUAAAAGAUAUUUUUGAAUGCAAUUAACUUAUAAGAAGGUAAAGAUCUCUAAAACUAAAAUGAUUAUUAAAGUAGUUUAAGAUAUUUUGAAGAAGUUCUUAGAGUAUUAGAAAAUGCUUCAAUAAAUACUCAUUUUUGGAAUUGUGUAUGCACUUGUAUAUAUCAAUGGAUUAGACUUUAUAAAAUUAAAUAUUAAGAUGAUGAAUAUGAUGAUGAAGGUGAACUAUUAUCUAAAAUAUUUUCAAUACUUCUACAAUUACCUUAACUUUGGUUUUUAUUUUGUGAUUUUAUUAAGGAAAAUGAUUCAGCUGAGAAAAUUAUAUCAGAAAGAUUAAAUAAAUUGAAAGUAUUUAGGAAAAUAAAUUAACCAGAGACAUUAGAUAUAUUAUCAGAUGAUCACAGCUUAUUCUAAGGUUUGCAUAAUAUGAUUAGAGAUUUCUCAGAAGGAAAAUUAACAAAUAAUUUAUAUAAAUCAUCUGAUUUUUUAGGAAAAAGUAAUCGAGCUUCUAUGGAUUAUUACAAUGAAUAAAAUAAAUUAAAAAAUAAAACAUUGUCAAUGGGUAUUGAUAAUCUAGCAAUUAGUGUUUACAAAUUUAAACAUGCUAUCAAAUUUAUUAAAGGAGAAGUACAAAAAUCAGCAAAUUCAAUUCAAAAGAUUGCUUAAUUAUGUAGUUCUAAUAAUAUAAAUAGAUAAAUCCUAAAAGUAACAUUAGAAUGUACAAGAUUAAUAGAUUUGAUUAUUGAUACUCAUAAAGAAGAAGAAAAAGCUAUUUAAUUAAUCAAUAAUUUAUUAACAAUAGGUUCUGAAGCUGUUUAAAUAAUUAACUAUAUAUUUUCAGAUCCUAUAGUUUAAAAAGAAAUGGCUGAAGAAAUUAAUAAACUACCUACAAAUGAAUAAUAAAUUUAAAGAUAAUAAGGAAUAUCUUAUCAUCCAUUAUUUGAGUUAUUUCAUAUAGCAAGAAAAUUUUAAGCAUCUUAUUAAUUCAAAGUUAAGUAAGUUAUUAAAAUUCAUUUGAAUUAUGCAUAAUUGUGUAGCACAAUAAUUGGAUAAGAUAAUCCUUUAUAAUUAUUUGAAUAACAAAAUAGCAAUCAUUUCUAUUAAUCAUCAUAACACACAUUUGUGAAAAACACCCUUGAAACCUUUUUGAGAUUUUAAUUGCAAGAAUGGAAAAAGUUUGAAGAGGAUAAAAUGGAAGUUACAAUUGAAUAUUAGGCAAGUAUGUAUUUGGCUUUGCAAAUGAUCUUAAAGAAAUUUUUGUUUUAUCAUACUAAAGAAUAUAAAGAGACAUAAUUACAUAAUUUAAUUAAAUAAUAAUUGAAUGAAAUCAAUAGUCAAACUAUUCUUGAAUUUUUAUUGACAAACUUAGAAGUUACUUUAACGGAUUCCUUUUUUGAAGAUAUUGGAUAAAAAUAAUUGUCGAAUGAUAUCAACAUGAUUGGAAUUAAAAAUAAUUUAUUUGAGUAAGUAAGGAAUUGUGACAAAAGAAAAAAUCAUGUAACUUCUCUUUUGGUCAACUUACUUGAUUGCUGGAAUAUUCUUAUUGAUUUAUAUUCCAUCUAUGAUGAAACUUUUAGCAAUAAUUUAUUAUUAAUUAAAUAAUUGCAUUAAUUUUUUUAAGAAGAACAAUAUUUUUUAUAAUAGGUUGUAAGUACUUAUCAAUAAGAUAUUAAUAAUUAUAUUAGCAAUAAAGUAAAAUUGAAUUUUGUACAUUCUAUAUUGGGUCUUCUGAACACAAUUAGUGAACCUUAGAGUAAUUGCUAAGAUCCUCCUAAUUUUGAAGAUGUAGAAUAAUAAACAUUCAAAUAAAUUUAUGAAGAUAUGAAAUUCAAAAAUUAUCGUUAGGUUUUAGAUAGAAAUCUACCUUAGCAUAGUACAAUAUUCACAAGUGCUUUACGUUUAUUAUCCAAACCAUUAUUAAAUCAUAAUUUGGAAUAGAGUAUAACAACAAUAGAAACUGAAGAGAAUUAAUUGUUAAACAAGAGAAUUCAUUAUCAUCAUUUAAUAUUUUAGAGUCUUCAUACAAUUUUAAAUAGAUUAGAUAAGAAGUGUUAUUUAAUUGAAAAAUAAGAAAUAUUAGAAUUUUUAAUUAUAAGUUUGGAGAAUAAUUAAUCUUUUAUGUAAUAUAUUCUGAAAUCAUAAAGCACAAAUUAAAAUUCAGGAAUAAAAUACAUUUUAGAAUUGUUCUAAAAUAUAUUAGCUUAUGAUGAUGAUUUAGAAUAAGAUUAUAGAAUUCCGAUGUUGGUCUUGAUAUUUUUACAUUAAGUUUUGUGUAUCAAUUAAUCAAGAUAUUGUUCAUUUGCAAAAGAAUGUAGAACAAAAUUUGCAUCUUUAAUGCUUAAAUUAUGUAGAGAAGUUUAGAUUUGUUUAAAUAAACGAUGUGAGAAGUUUAUAAAAUUUUUGUCAUAUAACAAUUCAAAAUGGUACAUAACAAGAGAAACAGGAACAGCAAUAGAAUAAUGUGUAAUAGAGAAUUGUGUUUUAGAUGCAAUAGAAGAAUUAGUAAUGUUAGAAUAUUUCUUAAAAUUACUUAUUAAUGAGAUGAAAUAAGAAAUCAAAGAGACUACGAAAGCUUUUGGAGAAUUAAUAAAAUUAAUGUUCUAAAAACAUUUUAUACGUGAAUGGUACUUGUUAUUAAUCCAAUUCAGUGAUCAUGUUGAGUUUGCAAAAUUCUAAAAACGCAAUCCUAUAAUAAAAAGUAAUAUAGUUUUCAAUUAUUUAUCUAAUUACAUAUAUAGUUAUGGACGUGACUUUUAAAUUGAUAGUAACACAGUAAAUUAUACUGGGGGGAAUGCAAUAGCCCAAUAGAAAUCAAAUAUAAUGGCUUCCUGGUUUACAUAAUUAUUGUCAACCUUCAAUUAAUUAUCUUAAUUUGUUUAAUUCUUUUUUUCUAUUGGUUUGACAGGUUCUCCUUUUAGUGAUAAUUAUCAAAAAGAUCUAUAUGAAGAUAUUGAACUUGGAGAUUCAAUAUUUUCUCCAAAUUAAGGAAAGGAAAUGAUUGAAGGAGGAGUAGUAAAACUAUUUGGUUAGGAAGAAAAUUAAUAUAGUGAAACAGAAUAUGCAUUCAAUGCAGGAUUAUACUUUUUAUAGAAAGGAAGUUAAAGUAUAUAUGGAUUAGAUACAUCUAAAAUCCAUGAAGAAUUAAUGACACCAGCAAUAGAAGUAUUAAAUUAGAUCUGUUGGUACAGUUAAUAAGUUGUGAACAGAUACAAAUUUUUACAUCCAUUUAAAGAUACUACAUUGAUGACAAACGAAAAACUUAAUACAAUGAGCAAACAUCAAUUCGUAUUCUUCAAACGUCUUUUGGAACUCAAAUCAGUUUGUAAUAAUGAUUAUAAAGGAAAAUAUAAGUAAAUCUUAUUUAGCUGUUUCCAUUCGAUGUUAUUGGUAUUGUAGAGUGUUAAAGAAACUUUAUUGUAAGAGCCUUAAGAUUUAGUAUAAGUUUUCCACUAUUUCAUUUUGUUAAUAGAUUUCAAUGAUCCAAACUGUAAAUAACAAAUUGGACAAUUGUCAUCAAUAUUAUCUGUCAUUUUGAACAUAUUUCCAGCAAACCCUGAAUUACUAGAAAAACCAAAUGAAGGAUUCUAUGACAUUGUUAACUUAUAAUUAGAAGCAUUAAAGAAUUAAAAUAAUUCUUAGAUUUUUUAAUCUAUCAUCUAAUGUUGGAUAGAUAUCAUCAUAUUCAAUAUUUCCAAUAAAAUUGAUGUAAGAUAUUUAAAAUCACUCACUUUCAUUGCAGACGAGCAAAUCUACAAUUCCAAUGAAAAUGGACAAUACAAUCAAAAACAUUCAAUGUGGUGCCAUAUACUUGUUUUAGUCAGAGAAUUAUUGGCAUAAGAUCCAACAUAAUGUCGAUAAAUUUUGGAAUUCUUGACUACACAUGAACAAAGAAUACAUUCAGCAAUCAUUUAAAUUGAUCAAAGUUAAUAAUAUUAGUCACUUCGUUAAUUUACAGCUGUUACUGGAUUAACAUUAAAACAUAUUCAAACAUAUUAAUAAAGUUACAUGCUGUUUUUCGAGUUGUCUCUAAUCACUUAAUUUUUACUUGAAUUAAUCUUAUGUAAAAAUAUGAGAUUAUAAUUCAAAUUACAAUUAGACAAAAUUAUCUACACAUUUAUGGGAUAAUAUAGUCAGUAAUUAGGUUAUUAAAAAAAACUUAAACAAUUUUUCCAAAGCUUUAAACCAUAUACUUUACUUGAAACAAAACUGAAUUAAUUAUUUGCCAAACCUGAAUCUAUUAAAACUUCAGACUAUUUCUCUAUACCUUAAUCUGCCUAGUUGAUGAAAUAAAAUUAAACUCCCUCUCCUCAUAGAACUAUUUAAAAAGAUUAAACAUCUAAUUUUGAUGGCAAAUCAACCUAAGGAGGUGGAUAAAAAUUUAAUCUAAAAAGAGAUAUUGACAAUAUUUCUUUAUUUUAAUACAUCUGUUUGGUUGAAUAUUUAAGAUUCUGUCGUUUCAGUAUUCAAGGUAUUGCAGCAUCUAUGAAUAUUUUUGAAGUGGAUCGCAAUUUCUAAUUGGAAGAUAAUGUUUGGAAUAGUUUUGGAAAUAAUAUUCAGAAUUUUAUACAAUUUAAUUUUGAUGCCUUUGCCAAUCUUUCUUAAUCUGAAUAUAUCAAUAAUGUGAUUAAAAUGCAUCAAUAGCUUUUAGGUAAUUAUGAUUUUUAAAUUUAAUACAAUGGAUUAUAAUAAUUAUGUGUAUAUCCAAGUAAUUUUAUAUAAUAUUAUUAAAGCCAACAGAGAUGAAUUAUUACAAAUGUUUAUUUAAAACAUUAUUUAUGGUUUUUGUGCUGAAUUGCAAUACUUGUAAUUAAGAGAAGUCCACAGAAAAAUCAAUUUUAUUAAAGAUUCUUACAACAUUGAAAUUAAUCUAACUAAAGAAUUAAGUAUUACAAUCUAAAUAUUUAAUAGGUAAAUAUGCUGAAACACUCAAAGCUAUCUAAUUUGUUAAAUAGAUGGAAGCACAUGAUCUAUUAAACGAAGUGUUGUCUUUUGGAGAAUAUCCUAUUAAUGAAGCUAAUGAUAGCUAUUUUAAUAGAUGGAAAGUUAAAUUUGAAGAGAAAUGCGCAGAAUAUAAAAAAUGAAAUACCCG